AUGUUGGCCUUAAACUUGAAACAUUUUUACCUUCCACUUCUGCUGUAUAAUUUUUUACUGAUAGCUAUUUUCAUCUAUGUUUCUAUAAAAUUACUUAUACGUUUCAAACUAAACAUGGAUAAAUCUGCAUACUACACAAUAUGCAUUUAUAUUUACACGCUUGCUGUUCAAAAUUAUGACUGGGAUCGAAAGUAUUCAGAGCUUUUCGAUAAUUAUCAAUUAAUUGAUCUGCAAACUAUAGACUAUGUCAAUAUCUUACUUGACUAACUCAUGAUAUUUCUCUUUGAUACAGUGAUAAUAUACUAUACUUUUGAAAUGAGACUAGUAAGAAAUAAACAUGAAUUUUCUACAUUUACUGAAUUAGAUGCCUUUUAGUCAAGGAAUUCCUUAUUGAGAAAUAUUUUAUUCGUGGUAUCGUUUACACUUCUUGCCUUUAAUCAAUUAUUUCAAUUCAUUGUUGAAAAUUAAACAGAUUUGGAAAUGCAAUAGAGUCCAGCCUAUAUUCUUCUGGUCUUCACAAGUGUUUUUAGAUUUGGUAUUGAUAUUUUCUACAUAUCUUUGAUAAUAAAAUACUUCAACUUUUUUGUUUGCUAAAAAAUGAAGAUGAUUCAUAGAAGGGGCUAAAACCUUACUACUAAAUUUAGAGUUAUUGUCAUUUGGGUAUAUUUCAUUCUGUUUGCUUACAUACUUGAUUUAUUGGCCAAACUUAUCAUAUAUGCAUUUCUAAUUAGAAGUUAAGGCUUGUUUCAUUCCUUCUAUCAAGUUUACAGAUUCAUUUUUUACUCGACUCUUGUUACGCUCCACGGACAUACUUUCCUUUAUCUGUUCUAUUCUUAAGCAGAGAUGAGUGAGAAUGAUAAUAAACUUAGGUAGAGAGCGGUUAAUAAAAAAUGUAAAGAUACAGAUUGCAUCCUCAAUAUCCUUUAUGAAGAUUAAUAACUUGAUACAAGAUGA